AUGGUCCAAGACUUUGAGAAGUUCUUUCCCAUGUUCGAUGUCGACGAGCGUGUCAGGGUCAUUGUCCUGACCGGUGCUGGGAAGAUCUUCUGUGCUGGUGCCGAUCUGGAUAUAGGAUUCCGGGGUGGCCGCGUCGUGCUCGCCAUUCAUCGCUGCCGUAAACCGACCAUUGCGGCCAUGCAGGGCUCAGCAGUCGGAGUUGGGAUGACUAUGACCCUUCCCGCCAUCAUUCGGAUCGCCUAUGAGAAGGGCAAGUAUGGCUUCGUAUUCGGACGGCGUGGUAUUGUCAUGGAAUCCUGCUCGUCGUAUUUCCUACCACGCCUUAUCGGGUUCUCAAACGCCAGUUAUCUCGUCAGUACCGGCGGUGUAUUCCCACCUGCUUCCAAGCACUUCGGUGAUCUGUUCAACGAGAUUCUACCGGACCCAUCUCACGUUCUCCCUCGUGCCCUUGAACUUGCCACUGAGAUUGCCGAGAAUGUGAGCCCGACGUCUCAGUAUCUCAAUCGGUCUCUUAUGUGGCGUAACCCUGGUACAGCUGAAGAAGCGCACCUGCUGGAGUCGAAUAUCAUUAUCCAGACGUUUGCCGCACAAGACCAGAAAGAAGGUGUCCAAGCGUUUUUCGAGAAGCGCAAGCCCAACUUCACUGCUAUUCUUGAUGACAAGCCUCCACUUAACGUGCCCUGGUGGACCGAGGUUGACACCGGCCGUCAUCCCAAGGCAAAGACUCCAGCCAAGCUGUAA